UGAGAAGUUGUUGUUUACAUGUAUGUGUUGUUGUUGACAGGUGAAGACUCAGGGAAGGUAGCGGUGUGGAAUAUGGCACCUGUACGGAGUGAGGAGGAUGAGAAGAAUGGAAACGUCCCCAAACUGCUGUGCCAGAUGGAUAACCACCUGGCCUGUGUGAACUGUGUGCGCUGGUCGUCAGACGGACGGUACCUGGCUUCUGGUGGAGAUGACAAACUCAUCAUGAUUUGGCAAACAGGAAGGUAUUUUGCAGGCCCAUCCACUGUGUUUGGAACAGGUGGGAAGACUGUCAACAUUGAGCAGUGGAGAUGUGUGGCCACAUUACGGGCCCACACUGGAGAUAUCCUGGACCUGGCCUGGUCUCCCCAGGACGCCUGGCUGGCUACCUGCAGUAUUGACAACACCAUCAUUGUGUGGAACGCACUCAAGUUUCCAGAGAUGAUUUCUGUGCUGCGGGGCCAUACGGGGCUGGUGAAAGGCGUGACGUGGGAUCCUGUAGGGAAGUACCUGGCUACACAGUCCGAUGACAAAAGUCUGCGUGUGUGGCGCACUGUGGAUUGGCAACAGGAAGCCAUGGUCACCAAACCUUUUGAUGAGUGUGGAGGCACCACGCAUGUCCUGCGACUGGCCUGGUCGCCUGAUGGACAGUACAUCGUGUCAGCACAUGCCAUGAACAACUCCGGGCCAACAGCACAGAUCAUCGAGCGGCAGGGAUUUAAGACAUCUAUGGACUUUGUAGGACACAGGAAGGCUAUAACUGUAGUGAGAUUCAAUCCCAACAUAUUCCAAAAAGUAGUCAACAAGGCAAGUGGGAAGAGCCAACAGUUCUCCUGCUGUGCUAUAGGCAGCCGUGACAGGUCCCUCUCUAUCUGGUUGACAGCGCUGAAGAGACCUCUUGUAGUGGUGCACGACAUGUUCCAGAACUCUGUCAUGGACAUUUCAUGGACCCCUCUUUCCUCUUCCAGGGGGAAAAGUGGUUUUGAGUUGCUGGUGUGUUCCUGGGACGGCACGGCUGCCUACAUCGAGUUCACACCGGAAGAGCUUGGCACCCCUCUUACUCAGGAUGAGAUGAAUUCCCUUCACCAGAGGAUCUAUGGGAAGAGCAUGGCUAUCUCCACCCAGCACACUGCUAACAACACCAUCAUAGAGAACCCUGCCAUGCUGCAGCUCCAACAGCACCACACCGCAGAGAGGGAGAAACUCACAGCCAACAAACAAGUCAACGGGACGCCUACCAAGAUAAGGAACCCCAUGCUCACCAGUCCAACCGAAAAACCUAACCCGAAGGCACAACAAAUAGAAACCAGGACUCCUGACGGCAGGAGAAGAAUCACUCCUCUCUGCAUCGCUCCUCAGGUGGAUUUUGGGGAUAUUCCUCGUCCGUUCAUGAGCAGUUCCCUCCCAAUGUCUUCUGCCGGGAUGGUACAGUCCAGUCUGGAGACGGCAGAAACUCCCAAGACAUCUGAGCCUUCCCAGAGUUCCCCUUCCUCCCAGCAUGCAACAGUCAAGCCUCUAUCACAAUGCAUCUUAACAACUGCACCCAUGUCCAUUCCAGCAAAUAUUCAGCCUAUGAAAGCUCUGGACUCCAGGUUCACUGAGAAGUCAAAGGCCACAAGUGGUACAAAGUCCCAGCCCAGCCUGCCCAAACUAGACAGGAUCGCCCCAACCACAAUCUCUACUGUCAAGCCAAAAGAGAGUGACAGGUCCAGUACCCAGGACACCACAGCUGCAGGAAUCACACUCAGCACCAAAAGAAAAGUGGACAGUUUGUCACAACCGGCGACCAAACGGAUCCGCAAAGACAAACCAGCACUGAUGGCGCCUGCAGCUGCCACACAGGUGACACCAGCCAUACCCCAGGAUGUCAUCACCAGGUCAGCCCCACAUCCCAUAAUACUCCCCUCCCCACCUGCUGAGAAGACCAUCAGUCUGCAGGUUGGUGGGGGGGAGGAAGCUGUGGUCCUGGAGCUGGAAAACAACAUUCAAACUGCAGGCAUGAAGUUAGCUGGUCUGAAGUGCAGACGAGGAGGAAAGGUGGAGUGGGAGGCAGUCCUCAGCACCAGAGGAACCAUGUUGGCAGGCAGCAGGAAGGUGGUGUGUGUAUCAUGUGAGGACAGGACCCUGUGUGUCAUGUCCACCAGUGGAAGAAGACUGCUCCCAGCCCUGGUGCUGAGUCACCAUGCCGCCAUCUUACACUGUACUGGCUACCACGUCAUGGCUGUCACUACUGCUGGUGAGCUGUCUGUAUGGAAUGUUCAAACUGCAAAGGUGGUCAUAAAAAAUGAAUCUUUACUUCCAAUAAUGUCAGGUGACGUAGUGAUAAAGACGUCCAGUGUAACGGAGCAAGGUGUGCCUGUCUUCAGCCUCUCUAACGGCAAAGUCUACACCUUUAGUCAUGCACUAGGAACAUGGUCCACUCUGUCAGAUGUCAACAACUCCCUGCAGCAGUGCUCAGACCACCAGACCGUCAUGUCUUCCUUAAACUCCUCUUCUCAGGUCAAAGGUCCCCUGGCAUCAUUACAAGGUCAUGACCAGAGGUCAGGUCGGCAGGCAGGCAGACUGUUCCGGGCCAAUCAUAAUUUACAACAGGCAGUUACACUGGGCCAUCUAGAGGACCAGGUGUCUGCAGCCCUCAUGCUGAGGUCCAGUGCAGAGCAUAAGUUCUGGCUCCUGACUUUGGUCAGAUAUCUGGUACAAGAAGGGUUGGAGGCCCAGUUGAGAGAAAUCUGUGAUGAACUGCUGGGUCCUGUCACGGCCCAGGGCCAGCUGUCCAAGGCCUGUCUGUGGGAGCCAGACGUCCUGGGUGUGAGUAAGCGAGCGGUGUUGAGUGAAGUCCUGCAGGAGGUGGGCAGUAACCUGCGGCUGCAGCGCCUGUACACAGAGUACCAGGACCAGCUGGACAUGCUGCACAAACAACCCUCAACAUCACCCUGAACCAGACAGUCUACAACACUUGGAUAGAACUUAGAUACAGGGGUUUUUCUAAAUAGGGGAAUAAGGGAACUGCUCCCUCAUGUAACCAACCAGCUCCUUCAUAUCAAUUUUCAGAUUGAACCCUAAGUGGCUACUUUAAAACACCAUUUAGUCUUUCUCAAAAAGAUCUUUUUCCAGCAAUACAACACUAUUCUAGCAUUACAAACUGUGUUACUCUUAUUAAAAGUCUCCCCUUGGUCGCUUCGUUCCUUGCAAUGCUUGCCAUCUGCUCCCUCGUGCUAAAUUUUUCCAGAAAAACCCCUGUGGAUAUACAAUGUACCUGUAGUACAACUAAUUCUAGGACUGUGAAAAUGUAAUGUUCAAAUGAGGGGAGCUUAAAUUGUGCUUACUAAAGUAUGACUAACAAUGAAAAUAAAGUCACAUGAUGGAAUUGAAAGAAUCCACUGUAAGUUUUUAUAGAAACAAUAACAGACAUUUUCACAUGAGGUAUGUCUCUCACUACCUCAAAGGUGUGUUUUAAGUCUGGACAGUCCUAAGCUUCACUGACAAAGAUGACAGUCUGCAUUCUCAUACUCACUGAAUAAAUAGUAGACGAGGACUGCAACA